ACCACUCUUCUGAAAUAAAAACUUCUAAACAAAUACACCUGAACUCUGCAGGAAGUUGUCCUUCCCUUGAUCUGAAGAUGCUGCUCUGAAGAAAAUUCUGCAUCUGCCGUACAAAGACCAGUACGCGACGGCGUCGCUGGCCGGCCGCCGGCCAUGGUUUCCCGCCUUCUCCUUGUCGCCGUGCUCGGCUCGCUGUGCGUCGUGGCAAAUGGUCAGGACGACAAGAUCAUGCGGCCGUUCAACCCCUACUGCUCGACGACGGACAACUACACCGACGGCAGCCAAUACAAGAAGAACCUGGACCAGCUCCUCGCCGCGCUCCCCGCGGCGGCCGGCGACAACGGCUGGUUCUACAACGGCAGCGCCGGGGCGGGGGCCGACCAGGUGUUCGGUCUCCUCAUGUGCUUCGCGGACCGCAACGAGACGCAGUGCCGGGACUGCCUCGCCGGCGCGCCCGCUGGGAUCACGCGGGUGUGCCCGGGCAGCCGGAACGUGAACGCAGCCUACGACGCGUGCGUGCUCCGGUACUCGGCCGCGCCGCUCCCUGCCACCACCGACUUCGGCGUCGCGUUCAUCGUGGAGGUGACCGGGGUGCCCGUCACCUCGGACGCCGUGCGGAAGGCCUGGGUGCCGCUGAUGAGCAACCUCACAGGCGGCGUCGCUCUCUCGCCCCUGCUGCUCUCCAACGACACCACGCCAUACUCGAGCUCGCAGGACAUGUACGGGCUGGCGCAGUGCACGAGGGACCUCAACGCCCGCGAGUGCAUUCGCUGCAUUUCAAGCUACGUCAAUAUGCUGGGGGAUCAGUUCCCCAACAACACCGGAGGCGCCAUCAAGGGGUACAGCUGCUACCUGAUCUACCAGGUGGGCGCGCUCGACAUCACCCUGCCGCCGGCGCCGGCGCCGGCGCCGCCACCGCCUCCGCAGCCAGCUCCAGGAUCUUCAUUGCCUUCCAGGACAGGGCUUGUUAUCGGCCUGUCCGUCGCUUCCGUCUCGUUCUUGAUCAUUCUGGGAGUCUCGAUGUGGCUCCUUCUCCGGCGACGUCGGAAACAGGCUAAAAUCCUCAAGGAAGCGAUGGAACAAGAGCUGGGAGAGGGUGGCUUCUUCGACGACGAGCCAGAGAUGGAAGACGAGUUCGAGAAAGGGACUGGGCCAAAGCGGUUUCGCUAUGGCGAGCUGGCCGUUGCCACCGGCAACUUCGCCGACGACAGGAAGCUCGGGGAAGGAGGAUUUGGGUCGGUGUACAGAGGAUUCCUGAAGGAGAUGAACCUUCACGUGGCCAUCAAGAGGGUGUCGAAGGGCUCAAAGCAGGGGAAGAAGGAGUACGCCUCCGAGGUGAGGAUCAUCAGCCGGCUGAGGCACCGCAACCUGGUGCAGCUCAUCGGCUGGUGCCACGGCGGCGGCGAGCUCCUCCUGGUCUACGAGCUGAUGCCCAACGGCAGCCUCGACACACACCUCUACAGCGCCAGCAACGACGCGCUGCCAUGGCCACUCAGGCACGAGAUUGUGUUGGGGCUCGGGUCAGCCCUGCUCUACCUGCACCAGGAGUGGGAGCAGUGCGUGGUGCACAGAGACAUCAAGCCGAGCAAUGUCAUGCUGGACGCGUCCUUCAACGCCAAGCUCGGCGACUUCGGGCUCGCGAGGCUGGUCGACCACGGCCGGGGGUCGCACACGACGGUGCUCGCCGGCACGAUGGGGUACAUGGACCCAGAGUGCAUGAUCACGGGCAGGGCCAACGCCGAGUCGGACGUCUACAGCUUCGGGGUCGUCCUCCUGGAGAUCGCCUGCGGCAGGCGGCCUCUGGUGGCUCACCAAGGGGAGGAUGUGAUCCACCUCAUGCAAUGGGUGUGGGAGUCCUAUGGCAGGGGAACCAUCCUUGGCGCCGCCGAUGCACGGCUCAAGGGAGAGUUCGACGUCCGGGAGAUGGAGACGGUGAUGGUCGUCGGACUCUGGUGCGCGCACCCUGACCGGAGCCUGAGACCGUCCAUCAGGCAGGCCGUCGGCGUGCUGCGGUUAGAAGCGCCGUUGCCGAGCCUCCCUGCAAGGAUGCCGGUGGCAACCUACAUGUCACCAGCUGAUGCUUUCAGCAAUACCUCUUCGGGUGUAACAGGCGGCAGCAGCAGCACCGGCACCGGCACCGGCACCACUCAGUCCAGCACGACAGAGACAUCUACCCUGCUGGAAUGA